AUGCCAGGAACACGGCUAUCUUUCAGGUUGGCGCCUGUGGGCCCUCGUAGUGGCACUCACGCUGGGUCAGAUGACGGUCGGGAUGCAGCGAACGGCGCCUCGCUGUUGACGUUUGGCAAGAUAUAUGCCACGCUGUCGCCCAAGAGAGUGUUCCUGGUGUCGAUCCUAGUUUCGGCGGCCGGCUCGAUUGUUUGUGCCGUUGCCAAGACGUCGCCCGUCUUUGUCAUUGGGAGAGUCCUGGCUGGCCUUGGGUGUGCCGGCGUGCAAGUUGGAACUACGCUCCUUACGGUGUCUGUCGUGCCCUUGUAUAAGCGGCCUUUUUACGGCGGAAUCAUGGGAACGGGAGAGACGGUUGCUGUCUUGGUUGGUCCCCUUGUUGCAGGUGGUGUCACCAAGUCCGUGGGCUGGCCGUGGUGCUUUUGGAUCAACCUGCCCGUUGAUGUUGUCAUCAUGGCGUCUGUCAUUUUCCUAUUCACCGAAAAGAAGACAGACCCGAGACGUUGUGGGACUUUACGACUGGCAGACAUCGGCAAGCUUGAUCUGCCUGGGGGACUCUUGAUCGCGAGUAGUACGGCAUGUCUGCUGGUGGCGUUGAACUCGGCCGGUGUGAGAAACUCUUGGACUGACGCUGCGGUUCUGGCACCGCUCCUGAUAUCGGUCGCCCUGUUCAUCGUGGCAGCCGUUGACCAGCAUAAGAAAAGGGACCAAGCCACCUUUCCCACGCGGCUACUGAAGAAUCGGCAUCUUGUCACAAACCUUAUUUGGCUAUUCACGCAAGCGGGCUCAUCAAUACCCAUGGCGUACUAUUUUCCGAUUUGGAUACAGGGACUGGCAACUGAUUCCGUUUUCCAAGCGGCCGUUGGCAUAGUGCCCACUCUCGGCGCAUCCAUCGUCGGCGCCGUUGUAAGUGGGCUCCUGGUAUGGGUGAUACACUAUCUGCCUCCGGGCACAAUAGCGGGAACGGUGGUUAUGACGGUCGGCUCAGGCCUGCUCUGGAACCUACGGCAAGACAGCGGUCCGACGUCUUGGAUGGUAUUCGGCGCCGUUUUCGGGCUAGGAAACGGGUUUGCCACUCAGCAGGGCUCGGUUGGCGCCCAGGCCGAGCUGGACGCGAAGGACUUCCCUGCUGGGAUGGCGGCCGUCGCCGUGGUGAGGCACACUUCUGCAGCCAUCCUGAUCGCCGUGAACCAGGCUGCUUUUCUCAGUCGACUCUCCGGCCUCUCCAGCAUCUUGCCGGGCUUCGACGCAGCGUCCAGUUCCAGGAUCAACAGGGGCUAUCUGCAGAGCCAUGUGUCGCCGGAGAAUCUUGAUCGAGCGCUGGACAUAUACAACGGAGCUUUGACUCGCACGUUCCUGUCUCUGAUGAUUUUAGGAAUCGUGGGAUUCGUUACAACUUUCUUCCUUCCCUGGACGUCUCUGAAAAAGCCACAGGCUAGCCCUGAUGUCUGUAACGAGCUGGAUCCUGUAAUGCCUCGCGUUCGGGAACUUCCACGACUUUCAGACCACGACACAGACGUUAUAAAAGUGCACUAUCGCCACACAAUUGCAGUGGAGCGCAACAUAGAUGAGAAAUUGGGCAUCUCGAGAAAGGCUGCUGACCGCUGGAAGCGUGCCGCAUGA